AUGUCCAAAAAUGGGGAUGGAAACCCCUGGCACAAUAAAAACGGAAAUGAUGAGAAAGUGAAAGGUGUAAAUGAGGGUGAGUUUGAGGAGAGUAGUAGGAAGAGAACCCGAAGUCCGGAUCAAUCUGAAUCCGGAGACUCAUCGACAUCAGGGAUUAAGCGCGCCAAGACGGACAACUUAUCGUACCGAGCUCAACUAAUCGAACUCUGUUCUCUCCUCAACCUUCCAGAACCAGAGUUUAUAUUUACCAAACCACCGGGAUAUGUUCAUAAAUUUGCGGAAAAUCCGGAGGAAGGGGAUUAUUCCGGAUAUUACGAGAUCUGUGACCGGAAAUUCUCUGGAACCGGAACUAAGCCCUUCCUUUGUAUGCGACACGCGGCUAAAGAGGGUGUUUUUUAUCUGAGAAAACUGCUUGAGGAUAAAGAACAGAAGGAGCGAGGGGAGGACAACGCCGGAAAUGAAAGCUUUAACAACUUUGAAAACGGAACCUUACCUAAGAGCCAGACAGAUCACGAUCCAACCCGAGAUACCGUUGAACAGAGAACUGAGCAGAAUGGAUUGAAAGAUGAGGAGAAUCAUGAAGUAGUUGGUUUGGGGCAGAAUGAUAAGCAGGGAGAAGAUUACUGCGAGAUUCUUCAGAAACUCUGGAUUGACAUUUCUCAACAAUUUCAGGGAUCAGGAAAAUCCGAAUCUGAAGCCAAGAACCUGAGUGCAAGAAACCUAAUGUAUACACUACAAACCCUAGAUCAGGCUCAAGACAAUGGAGUUCUUUUGAGAAGCAAAAUACUUGGAAGUUCUAAACCAGAGGACACUGAGGAGAAGACAGAGGCUGACGAGGAGGACAUGGUUGAGGAGGUUGAAGAUGUCUUGGAGCUCACUGCUGAUUCUGAUGUCGUUCAGCUUUCUGAAGAUGAGGUCAAAACCGUUGAAGAGAUUGAGCACAAAGAUGUAGAGGAUGUUGAAGACGUGGAGGACGUUGAGGAUGCUGAGGACGUUAAGAACAUUGAGAAUGUUGAUGAUGUUGAGGACGUUAAGAACAUUGAGGAUGUUGAGGGCGUUAAGGACAUUGAGGAUGUUGAGGACGUUGAGAACAUUGAGGAUGUUGAGGAUGUUGAGGACGUUGAUGAUGACGAAGAAGUGGACGACGAAGAAGAAGUUGAAGAUGAAGAUGGAUAUUACGAUGAGGAUGAAGAGGGUGCAGUAGGUGUUGAAGGAUACUAUCCUGGAUCUCAUAUGUCAUUCCAAUCCAUUAGUCAUCCGUCCCUGCAAUCCAGGGGCCAUCCUGCUCUUCAUCCUUCCCUUCAGCCUGGUUCUCAUCCCAGUACUAAUCCUUCCCUCAACUCCCAUUCAUCCUACUUAGAGAAGAUUCAGUCACAGAUGUUUAAACAACACUUUCCAGACAAGGUUCUAGGGGCAGCAGAAGCUUCAGAGGAAAAAGCUUUAAUGUUGGUCAACGUAAACAAUACAGAAGACAAGGAACUGGUAGAUUUCAUGAACAUGAAGAAAGGAACUAAGUUUAAACUCAUUAAAGUUUUAUCUGAGUCUUGAACAGGACAGGU